AUGAUCAAUGGAGAUGAUUCUGGUCGUGACUCCAUGUUCAGAAUUUGCAACACUCGAUACCUAAACGACCUAAAACCACUCGCACGGCGACAUCGGCCCCCGCACGACUGUGCAACCUUGUGGAUGCCAAAUCGCAAAAACACACAAACCCGGCUCUCUUGGCGAUCUCGACAGCAUCUCCCAGCGGCUCAAUUAUGGACCUCCGUUCCUAGCUCCCCAAGAUCGGCAGCAAGAUCCAUUCUUCCCUUUUCUGCAAAACGAGACUGCUCUUCUUCCUCAAACCCCCGCCCAGCACUGUCGCAGACAUCCGGUCCAGCGCAGUGUUCUCAUACUCAAACACCGCAGUCGAAAGGAUUCUGGAAAAUGGCAGAGCCAAGUACGCCAAAGGAGGUACGCAAGUACUUGCAGCAGAGCCAUGAUCGCAUCUUUGAGAACAAUAAGAAAUGGGCCGAGGAGAUGAGGAAGAAGAAGCCAGAGUUCUUCAAGGACUUGAGUGCUGGCCAGUCGCCCGAGUAUUUGUGGAUUGGCUGCUCCGACUCGCGCAUCCCCGCCGAAGCCAUCACCGGGCUCGAGCCCGGUGAAAUGUUCAUCCACCGCAACAUUGCCAACCUUGUCAACAACAUCGACCUCAACGUCAUGUCCGUCGUCAACUACGCGGUGCGCCACCUCAAAGUAAAGCACAUUGUCGUGUGCGGGCAUUACGGCUGCGGCGGCGUCAAAGCCGCCAUGACGCCCAAGGACAUGGGCCUGCUCAACCCCUGGCUGCGCAACAUCCGCGACGUCUACCGCCUCCACCAAAAGGAAAUGGACGACGUGAUUGCGCAUGGCGGCACCGAGGAGGACAAGUACAAUAAGUUGGUGGAGCUCAAUGUGAUUGAGCAGUGUCGCAAUGUGAUCAAGACGGCGGCGGUGCAGCAGUGUUGGGCCGAGAAUGAGUUUCCGGUUGUGCAUGGGUGGGUGUUUGGGUUUGAGGAUGGCUUGCUCAAGGAUUUGAAGUUUGAUCAUGAGGGCCAGCUCAGGGAGAUUCAGAAGAUUUAUGACUUGACCAAGGAUGCGUAA